AUUGCCAGAAAGGAUUUGUUGAGUUAUUGCGCAACCUUUUCGAUAUCACGUUGUAGUGAUGAAUUUAAUUCACGGCGGUGUAAUUGUACUAAGCGCUGUAGUAUUUUUAUUCUACAAACUCUCUAAGCAACGGAAUUCUUCGCUGCAAAAUAGCCAAUUAUUGCGACCGCCGAAUCCGGAAACGCCGCAGCCACCCUCAUUCUCACCGCUACACGUGUUCGAAAACGGGGCGGUCUGCUCUGACAGCGAUGUCUGCAGUAGAAUUGGCAGAGAUGUCAUGCAAAAGUCGGGUGGCAGCGCAGUUGACGCCGCCAUCGCGACGCUCUUCUGCAAUGGGCUGCUGGCUAUGCAGAGCAUGGGACUCGGUGGCGGUGUACUUAUCAAUAUUUACUCAAGCAGCGAGCAGCGAGGCUAUAGCAUACUGAGCAGAGAACGCGCACCACUAAACUUCCGAUUGCCGGAGGGAAAUGUAAGCACAAUUUUCCAGUCCGCUUUGGGUAUUGCAGUGCCUGCUGAAGUUGCUGGCUAUGCGGUGGCCCAUCAACAUUUUGGAAAGUUACCCUGGCGGCAACUGGUGGAACCGACAACAAAGCUCUGCCGCCAAGGCUACACACUCACCAAACACCAACGGGAUUCCGUGUAUAUCAAUGGAAAACUGCUUAAGGAAAAUGAAGUUUUGCGCAAAAUGUUCGUUGAUCCGGAAACAGGGCAGGUUUAUAGGACGGGCGCGCACGUACAUCCGCCGGAUGUCCUUUGUCGCACUUAUGAAGCGCUGGCGCGUGACGGACCCAGCGACUUUUAUAAUGGCUAUCUUAUGGAAAAAGUAGUGAAAGAUUUGCGCGAUAUAGGCAGUCCCAUCAGUGAAGUGGACCUGAGCAAUCUGACGGCAGAGCUGACGUUCUCACCCAAUGUUACAUUAGGUCCGUAUACGCUACAUUUCACACCACCGCCCGGUAGUGGUUAUGUCGUGGGUUUUGUGAUGAAGAUUUUACAGAAAUUUAGUAAGAAGUUCGCUAAAGAAAGUGACAUUGAUGCCAGCGGGAUGCAUCAUAUAGUUGAGGCGCUGAAAUUUGGUUUCGUUCAACGUUGGAAUCUGGACGUAGAGAUGCAAGAAGAGGAGCUGACAAAUCUCACAAACUCCUCAUACGCACGGCAUUUAGCUUAUCUGAUAGACGAAGAGCGUACUUUUAGGGAUGCUACCAGUUAUGGCGCCAGCGAGUCUCUUGUUACACGUAUAGAGCAUGGAACAGCACAUAUAUCGGUUAUGGCUCCGAAUGGCGAUGCAGCCGCCGCAACAAGUUCCAUCAACUUUUACUUUGGCAGUGGCAAGAUCGGUGCACGCAGUGGUAUUCUAUUCAAUAACGCCAUGUCGGACUUCACCAUCGAAGGCCUUCAAAAUUACUUUGAUUUACCGAAUAUGCCGUAUAAGAAUAGCAUUAAACCCGGUGUUUCGCCGAUGUCUUCAAUGAGUCCCAUUAUUGUUACCGAUCAGCAUGGCGUAGUACGUUUGGUGACGGGUGCCGCCGGUGGCACAAAAAUAAUAUCGGUUUUGGUACAUAUUUUGGUUCGCAUACUCUGGCUGGAGCAGAAUAUUAAACAGGCCAUUGACGCACCUCGUUUUCAUCAUCAACUAGAACCGAAUAUUCUUGAAUAUGAAUAUGGGAUCUUGCAAAAUGUGGUUAAGGCUUUGGAAGCCAAGGGGCACCGAACGAAACGUUAUCGGGAGCGUGGUUCGGCCGUUUGUGGCAUUGAAAAAGUUAGGGGCCAAAUUUUUGCUAAUGCCGACUAUCGUAAAGAAGGCGAUGUUCGCGGUUUCUAAGAACGAAGAACUUCGAAUGUGAGCACUACAGUUUAAUAUCGAUAAAAUGUGAUAAUAGUGAAAGGCAAAAUCGUAAAAAAAGAAAGUAUUACGCUUAUAAACAAAAUCGUCUUUAGAAGAUAAAUCCAAAUCUUUAUCCAAAUUAUAUGAAAAAAUAAUACUUAGUGACUUGUUGAAAUUUAUUGCGCUACUUUAUUUAAAUAUCAUAAAUUAUACAAAUAUAUUACUGAUUCAAGCUCAAAUACAGUGCCGAAAACUAAAAAUCCCCCAUACAAAUUUA